AGUAAUGUUGAUGCUGAUGAUGAAGAUGAGAAUGCCUAUGUGAUGGGUAUCGAUGAAGCCGGAAGAGGACCUGUUCUUGGACCACUUGUCUAUGCUUGCAUGUUUUGUAAAUCCAAGUAUAAUACUGAUAAUUUCCUGAAGAAAACUUUCCAUGUUAAUGAUUCUAAAAAACUGACAGCCAAAAUGAGAGAAAAGAUCUUCAAGACACUCAAGGAAAAUUCAAAAAUUGUACACUACAUUACUUGUAUUGUUCAGUCAGAUGAAAUUUCACACAAAAUGCUCUCGAGGAAAAAGUAUAAUCUCAACUUAAUUUCUCACGAUUGUGCCAUUCAUCUUAUCAAGACAGCAUCAGAAACUCUCAGUAAAAAGGGAAAGUAUUUGAAAGAGGUUUAUAUUGAUACAGUUGGUGAUCCAAAAAAGUAUCAAGCCAAGCUACAAGAAAAAUUCCCAGAAAUUGAAUCCAUAGUGGUUGAUAAGAAGGCUGAUUCCAAAUAUCCAGUGGUUGGUGGUGCUUCAAUUGUUGCCAAGGUGAAGAGAGAUGAAAUUGUGGAGGAAAUACAGUCAUUGAAAUAUUCUAAACUGAAAAUGGGAAGUGGUUACACUUCAGAUAAGUAUACCAAGGAUUUUUUGAAUAAGGCAUUGGAUAAAGUUUUUGGAUACCACCACACAGAUGUAAGAUUCAGUUGGUCUACCAUAAAAAAAAUUUUAGAUGAUAGUGCAGUAUCAGUUGAGUGG